AUGGCUGAUACAGGGCUUCAACCAACAGCAAUAGCUAUCUCCAUUGCUGCGCCAUGUGUCGCAUUCGUUUUUGUCUUGCUUCGUCUAUACAGUCGUUACUUUAUCACCAGAAAUCUAGGCUGGGAUGAUGGCUUCAUCGUUGUACCUAUGAUUCUCUCGAUCGCCCAGGCCUAUACGACAGUUAUGGGAAUAAAGGUCAACUUUCUUGGUUAUCAUGUGAAGGAUAUUCCAUUGGAUCAAAUGGACCCAGUCCUUGGAGCCAAAUACAACUACGCUACCCAACUCCUAUAUAAUCCUAUCCUGGCUCUUGUUAAGAAUGGAAUGCUUCUGUUCUUCCUCCGUGUUGGCGGCAGCAUCGACAAACUACGAGUCUUCAUUAUUGCCAUCAUCGUUCUAAACACCUUGAUGAUGGUCUCCAUCUUUUUGAUCGAUCUACUUCAAUGUGUCCCCAUCGAAAAGACAUUUUACGCCAGCACCGCUGGCACAUGUAUUCACGUCGGCGACUUUUUCAUCGGCACUGCAGCAGCAACUAUUUUGACAGAUAUCUUGGUCAUGAUCAUCCCAAUCUGGUUGACGUGGAAUUUGAAGAUGAAAUUAAGGAAGAAGCUGGCGGUCAUUUUCCUUCUGUCAAUGGGCUUGUUUGUCACUGGUAUCAGUGUCUACCGCAUGUACUAUCUCAUAAUAUCAUAUUAUGGAGAGCCGAACCCGGACGCAACAUAUGGUGUUGCAGGUACCGCUUCGAGUAUCGAGGUCAACCUAGCUAUUGCAUCGGCGUGCGGUCCCUUCCUCAAGCCGUUGAUCUUGCACUACUUCCCCAGCUUUUUCGGUCGAGACUCGACGAACCGGUAUUACGAAUACUACGAAGACAAUGGCCCGAGCGCGAUGUACCAAGGAGGCGUCGCAAAUUAUUCCGCCUCCGCCUCUGCUUCCGCCACGAAAGUAUCAAGAAGGUCUUCUUUGAGACGGAAAGAUGGGAACGGACGAUAUGAUCCGGAAAUCGAGCUGCAAAGCCCCGUAGGGCAAGCUUCAAGGAGCCUCAAGCGUGGAAAUACAAAAGUGUCGUCCGUAUUGGCGGAGGACGAAGAAGAUGGCUCGUCGCAGAGGAGAAUUGUGACAACAAUGGAUUUUAUGGAUAUGUUUCCUGGUCGCGAACAAGAGGAGCGAUCAAGCGGAGAGGGACAACAGAUGAAAAACGGCAUCAUGAGACAAACAAGUGUAAAUAUUACGUACUCGCCGAAGCUCAGCGAUGAGGACUUACAGCAUAGAAAGGCAGCAGCGCCAGGUUCAGCCUUCUGA